AUGCAAGCUGCGAUAGAAGAGGAGGUUCAGGACUGGGAUUCCCAGCAGUGCAAACGCCUACAGGCCGAUGUUUUCUCGAGUUCAGCGCCACCAACAAACAAGAACAAGACCGUCGCGUCAGCCUUGUCGGCGACGAACUUCGCAGUCAUUACUCUCCCUUCUACCAUCGGGACUACUCUGGUUCACCAACCCAGCGACGCUUUUCCUUCCCAGAGACGUCGAGCAUCGGGAGCCGUAAAGGAUGUGGCUUCCACAUCGGAGACCAAAAUCCGCCAAAUCCACCAUAUACUUGCCACUUUUGCCCAACACCGAACGGCGAUGGCGCACGAUGCAGCCAGCAAAGAUUUAGAUCUUACCCAGAGAAGUUCAAUGUCCUUGACGCAGGAGAAUUCUUGUUCGGCUUAUGAGCUUUUGGGCAUUCGGUCAUUCGUCCCGGGACAGCAUGCAUCUAUUGCAUCGAGAGAUAGAUAUACAGAUGGAGCGGAGGGCCGUGGGAGACAAUCCGCAGACGAGACGGUGGCUCGGGAGCCUGUUAACGACAAAGAACAACAUUCUACGCGUACUGAUUUAGCUCCCCAUACAUAUACGGAGGACGAUACUGGGCACAUCGUGCUCGAAUACCACCCUGAACAAGACAAUGCGUCAAUGGAGCAAGCAGAUUCACAGGAUGCCUCGUAUGCUCUGCCACGAGUGGCCCCGAACUCACAGCCGCCCUUAUAUGAACCACAGACCCCCGCCGCGCCCAUAAACCCAUUCAUGCAUAAAGGAAGCGUCCUCAAGGGCUUCGAGAUGUUUGGUGCUACCCAACCCUCUUCGAUUGGUCGUCAUGUAGCAAGUCCGACUUCAUCGCGACCGUCACCCGAUGUUUACCAUGACUUUACAUCUCCUCCUCGUCACUCAGUCUCAUCACCUCUCCAGCGGCGAAAUUUCGAAGAGGAGAAGAUUCCAGUUCAAUCCUCGUUGCGAAAUAUACUCGGCCAAUACAUAUCGGACGAAUCUCCACAGACAACUACUCCUCGAACAUCAGGCAUACAGUCAUUCGAUGCCGAACGAUUAUUGCCCCAAAUAAAUCCGAUGCCUGAACCACGGAAGUACAACUCAAUGAGAGCAAGUCAAGAGCGACGAAAGAAUCUAGAUUCUACGCCUCCUGAAUCUAGCAGUGAUGGCUCGGAUUCGGAUCUCGACUCCGAGCCAAGAAGGCGACAUCAGCGGAGAAAACGAGAGCGGGACAUACAGAGACAAUUAUCUACGGUCGAGCUGCAUCGACGAAUGUCACCGACUCAGCCCAGUUCAUCUUGUUCGGCGUUGGUUGAAGUGCCAUCGACUUCGACUCGUAGGCGACGAAGUAUUCAGGAUGACUCUUUGGCUCAGUGUGAGGGGGUCGAUGCCCGAGAUACACAGCAAGAUGAUUUUAUUGCAGACUCACAGAGCCGUUUUACAAACUGCGAGGAUGUUAAAGCGAUUUCGCCCUGUAGCUUACUGCCCGCGAAUUCCGCCGCCGCCCCUGGAGAAGCUCGCCGUGGUAAUAAAUGCCCCCAAAUACACUCCAGUGCUUCCUCAAGGCAGUCAUCUCCUCCUCAGUCCGAUCCAUCCCACAAGUUGAAUACUAUGCUCAACCGAAUCCCAGAAGCUGAUGCGGUUCGGUCACUUGAUGCCACGUCAUCGAAGGGCCAUCCUGAGCCUAGCCUGCCACUUCAAAAUGUUUCGCUAAAUCGCAAAGACCUGAAUACGCCUCUAUCGAUGAAAACCCGAAUGUUCUCCGACCCAGGUGUUGCCACAGUUCCAGAAACCAGCCCCGCUCAAUGCCAAAUUCGUCCCAUGGGUGAUAUUGGACUGUCGUUUGGGCCCGACGGAGAUGAAGAAUUGUCACAGAACCCACCAGGCUUUACUCAAGACGACGAGUUCUUCGAUAUCCUGAAGCUCGGGGCCUCUCCCGACGCCCCUCCACGGGCCCGUAACUCCCGGAAAAGGUCACUCGAUAUAGCCAACUCCCCCCCUCAUGAUGAAGCAUCCACUACUUUUGAAAGUAACCCAUCGACCGAAUAUCCUUUACUCAAGCAUGGGUCCAACCGUUCGUCGACGGCUGAAUCAGAUGUUAACCCUGGGCGACAUCGACCAACUAGGGCCACCACAGAAGGUGGACAAGCACCUAAUCAUUCACCAGAUGAUCAGAAAUUACCAACGCCUCUAGACGACCAAAUGGAGCUGAGAUCAGAGACGGAAUUGAAUGGCCCCUCAUCACAUUUAAGCCUUGCUUCUGUGUCAUCUGUCGCCCUCGAGGAGUUUACUCUCGAUCCCCUUAAAGGCGCAAAGCCUAGUUCUAGCGCAAAUUUGAAUAUGUCGUCUUCGUCCGAACUCUCGUCCGUCCCCUCCAGUAUGGCGGUAACACCAGCCUCGGCUCCCUGCUUAUCCAGAACCAGCUCUGUUGCCACGCCUGCUACCCGCUCUUCUCAGCGACUCACAGUUCCGAAGAGAUCGGCGGAGGAAGGUCGGACACUUGCUCGAAGCCCUUCAAAGCGCAAUGCAAAGCGCAAGUCCGUUUCUGCAGAUGAAAAUCCAACGAGACUGCCUCCACGUGCUUCGAAACGCCAGUCAACAGGACGGGGAGUUAAGGAGGACAGCGUGGAUCCUCUGUCUCUGCCUGCUCCAAGCGUGGCUAACCAACCCAAGACGAAGAAGGGUAUUCAUAAGCUCUUCGAAGGGAUGGCCUUUGCAGUUUCAUAUGUCAAGCAAGAACAGGAGAAAGAUAACGUUAUCAAAAGUAUUGCAGAUUGUGGCGGUGAGAUUUUGGAAGAUGGGUUUGACGGUCUGUUUGAGCUUGGACCGAAUCCUGGAGGCAUCGCGGAUGACGAUAAACAAAAUUUGGUUUUGGCUCCCGCGGCCGCCUCAAUCGGAUUCGUGGCGCUAAUAGCUGACGAGCACUCAAGAAAGUCUAAAUACAUGCAGGCGCUUGCUUUGGGCUUGCCGUGCAUCUCGGGGCGGUGGAUCAUGUGCUGUAUUUCAAAAGGAGCCAUCCUUGACUGGACGCCAUACCUUCUUUGUGCAGGGCAAUCUUCGUUCUUGGGAAAUGUCCAUCUUAGUCGCACUCUUAGGCCCUAUUCAGCCACAGAAGCCACGCUGCAGACCACAUUCGCAUCCCGGGAUAAAAUGCUUGAAGGAAAAUCCAUCUUACUGGUAAUGGGCAAAGGCAGAGCGGAUGACAAGAGGAAAACAUUCAUGUUCCUGACCCGUUCGUUGGGUCCUUCUCGCCUGGGCCAAGUAGCUGAUUACACUGAAGCACGGCGACGACUUAUAGACGCAGAAUCUUGCGGACUAGAUUGGGAUUUAUUAUAUGUUGAUAACGCAAAGACUGCCGAAUCCACCAUAUUCACCUCUGUGCAGCCUUCAAAGGGGCGAUCUAGUAAGCGAAAAAAAGGGCCAACUAGAGUUGAUGGAAGUGCUACGCCAACCCCCAAGAGAGUUCGCGUGCUCACCGACGAAGAUAUGGUUCAGAGCCUUAUCCUUGGCCAACUAGUCGAGGAGGACUGA